AUGUUUAAGUCUCCCAAUAAACAAGUAACAAAAUUUCAAAGUGUGGUGGUGCAGCGUAUAGUCUCGAGAAAAUCAACUAGUAUAGGGUCUUCCAAUAAGCAGACGUCCUCGGAUCCAGUGAUUUCCGUAUUUCACGCGAGUAAACACAAGAAUGUGGCCAAGAUUACUUCAGCUUCUUGUGAUCUAUCAGCUCGUAAAGUUUCCGAAAAGACUCCGGAAAAAUCGCCAUCGAAGCCAAAGUCCCUUUCGCAACGAAGUAUAAGAAUAGCAAGUGCUAGGCCUCAAGUCGUCGAGAAUCCUAGCUCCAAGAACUCAAGACUAGGUUCCUCGCGAAGCACUGGAACCACUAGGAUCACUGCCUCGACUAGAACCCAGCAGUUCUAUAUUCCGCUGAGGAGUUCGCAUGGAGUAACUAGCCGGAUGUACCGUCCCUCCCAUCAGGGAGUCUUCCAUUACGAUUUAUCCCCGUUGGAGAGGACGGGAUUCAAUGAAAGCCUGAUUUAUCCCAUGAAAUCCGUGCCAGCGGCGGAGCUUCAGCUGCUGCGGAAUGGUCAGCGGUCCACCUACCUGGAAAGGCGUUAUGAACGGAGUCCGGACGACAAGUACAACUAUCCGGAGGCAACCAGCUGGCGAUACGGAUGGUUCCACAGGGAGUCCGAUCCCUUUCAGAAGCGAAUACCACGACGAGAUUAGAUUAACCUUUUGUACCUUUAUUUGUGGAAGUUAUAGUGAACGAAAAAUAAGUAUAUCAAAAGUAAUAAUGUGUUUUCCUAUUUAA